AUGGAUGCGCUCUCUGUAUAUACGUUCCCACCAAGCCCUGCCAAUUGGGAUAGGCUCGGCGUGUUUUACAUCUCUUGGUGCGCAUCAUGGACGACGACGCUCAUCGCCGGCAUGGCUUUCUGCUGGUACAACAGAAAUCUACCCAUUCUGAAGAUCCGCGGACUACCGUUGUCUUUUUUUGCGAUUGGGUUUUUACAUAUGUAUUGGAUUCUUGCGCAGCUGGUGUAUCCCAUCGGCCAAACCAUGCCGCUAGUUCUCGCAUAUGAUAUCCAAUACUUCUUCAUGGGUCUCUGGUUUCCCUUGGGCGUGGCAUUGUUCCACGCAUCCAAUCUCCGUUUUCUUCACGUGGCGAGGCUGCAGAAACAGUUUACCGGCCCAGCUCAUCGAGUCGAAUCCGGCUGCAAUGGCGCAAAAACCUCAUGGCUUUGCCGCCUCAGAAACAUGGAUCAUACAACGCGAUCGAUUAUCUUCAUCGGUCUUGGCAUGAUUCUGCAGCAGCUUGUGGACUUGAGUCGAGGAUGGGAAUGGUGGCCGUCGGUCCUGUGGCAAGUCAUUUGGACUUGGAUUAUUGCGCCUAUUCUUCUGUGGCGCGCCUGGGGGAUUCGCGAUACCAUGGGAUGGCGUGCACAAACCAUUGGCUGCUGCAUUUCCAAGAUCCAUCUCUCCAUUUUUAUGUUUGAAAUCUUCACCGUUUUCGUUCCAGCUUUCCAAGUCGUCAAGUUUUGGAUUCAGAGGCGGAAAACCAAUCGCUCCAACGAGAAAUGGGACAGUCCUCUCCCAAAUACGGGUCUGACUCUGUCACCUCAAGCUGAACCAUUUACACCUUCGUCUUCUUCAACGGAGAAUUGGAUCUUCCCGACCACUACUCUGACGAAGAAGGGUAAACCUUUGGACAUCUUUAACGAGGACCUGGGCGACCGCCUACUAACAAUGAGCGCUCUGGAAUAUAUUCUCCAUGAGAAUCCUAAACCACUCCAAGAAUUCUCUGCCUUGAGAGAUUUUUCGGGAGAAAACAUUGCCUUCUUAACCAGCGUGGCGAAAUGGAGGGCGUGCUGGUCCAUGCGACAGGCAGACGAUCAAAAACGAAAAAUGUAUAGCGACGCACUGGAGAUUUACAUCGACUUCAUCAGCCCAAAAGACGCCGAGUUUCCCUUGAACCUAUCUUCUGCUGAGAUUAAGCGCGUCGCAAGUAUGUUUGAAACAGCUGCGCGAAGCGUCUGUGGCGAGCAAACAACAAACUCACCUACAUCGUUCGAUAUUGAGAUUGCUCCUUUCAACUGCUGCGAUGCUGGUUCUCCCGUCGAGCUAAGCGAUCGAAACGCCUCCAGGAUACAAUAUGAUGGCGAGAUUCCCGAAUCGUUUGAUCUGACAGUCUUUGAUAGCAUUCAGGCCCAUAUCAAGUAUCUUGUUUUGACCAAUACGUGGCCGAGAUUUGUGGACGAGAUGCAGGCCAAGCGACGACAAUCGUGCGAGACGGCGAAUAGCGAAGGGACCUGGAAAUCUGGAUCAACCAUUACAAAUAAGAUCGCGCAGCUGGUCCGUCAAAUACUCUAG